CACUCAAGUAGUGCAUGUGUGAAAUAAUUUGUAUAGAACGUAAUCUUACUGCAUUGAAGUGUGUGUAUACUGAGUUGAUAAGAGUUGGUCUAAUGCCAAGUUGAUAAACAUAUCGUCCACAGUAACUAUUGAAACAUUUCAAUCCACGAUUCGCUGAUCACUUUUCAUUUAAACAACGACAAAACGAAGAUGGAUGAAAUUUUGGCCGCUUUUGAGAUGGGUCACCUUGCUGAAUUUAUCAAAAACAAUGAUGAUUCGGAGCUGUUGGAAUCCUGCUGGUCGGAUAUCAUCGAGUCCAACUACGACCGGAAACCGGACCUGGUGAAAGCACUGAUCGAGGCCGGUAUUGACUGUGAUGUACGCAACCGUUACAAUCUAACACCUGUGGAACAGGCGCUUGCUCUGAAGCAGCAGGAGCUAGUUACGGCUAUGUUGAGUGCGGAGGCAUCUUUACACACGCAACAGCAGAUGGUUUAUCGUCUUGUGAGGCGUAGAAAUGUGGAAUUGUUGAAUCUAUUUUUCGAGAUGAUAAACGCCAAACAGGCAGACAAAUUCAAAUUGGUUUCGCUCGCGUUGGAAGAGAUUCACAUUAAAGAUGUUCCUAUGGAUCAAGAAAUGAUGGAGUAUUGCGUGAAGUUACAGCUCAAUGUUUGUUAUAGUAGUGUUGAUAGGAUGCCGCCCGGUGACAGUCAGCGCUCAGUUAGCAUAUUAGAACGGAUAGGUAUAAUCCUGAGGGAGAUAGAUUUUUUACUAAAAUACGAUAAAGUAGAUUAUAAUGUCGACGCUGAGUUCAUGUUAACUUUGGACAUUGUGUCUGAAAAUAUGUUCGUUAUUGAUCUAUUGUGGCAUAGACAGGGUCUUAGUGGUUUGGGGCCUCGCAAACUGUGGGACCGGUUACAGGCACGAAAAUUUAUUUACUGCAUGGCAAUGUUUAAAUUAGUGCAGAUGAGAGGAUGCGGUUUAGAAGUUUGUGUGCUGUGGAUAGAUAAAGAGUUUCUUUUGGUGCUACUGGAGACACUCGGAUGCGAGCUAAGAGGUAUUAAGGUAUUUAAAAACCGGCGAUUGAUAGAAGGCGAGGCAUUGGAACGAGAUUUGUUGCAAUAUGUUGGAAGAAAUGACAUUUACGUGUGUUGGAGUAAUAAAUUUCCCAACCACAAACUGAGCAGUAGUAUAUUGAAACAAGUAAAGAAAAGGAAAAGUCGAGCUGGAUUAACCGAGCAGCAGUAUGUUUACCUGCAAAUGUUGAUUGACAUGGUGGAGAGCCCACAACAAAUCCGAUUGCAGUGGAAUAAACUGCACCCUAACGUGAAGCUAAGCAGGAAAACUCUACAUUGGGCACUUGAAACUGUACGAAAAAGGCAGGACAGCGGUCGAUCGAAACCAUUUAGCGAAAAAGUUUCUUCCAAAACACGUUACGGAAUGAAUUUGUUAGAGCGGCUACAUAAUGGAAUGAAGAAUUUACAUUCAAUAAUAAAAAUGCUUUGUGGUAUUGAAAUUGUUAAAGAUAUCGCUUUAACGCGUGAGAAUGUUCGCUUUUUUGGAUAUGCUGCUCUCAGGAGGGUUACACAGUUUGUUGGAGAAUAUAGUAAAAGUACCCAAGACACGCCAAAUCUUGAAAGAACCUUGCAUAAUAAUAUGAGCCGGUUAAGCACACGGCAGGUGAUAAAAAUAUACGAACAAAAACGGAAUAAUUUAACACACGGACUGUCUUUAACUGAUGUCAACUUUCGGAUUCGGUGCAAUAGAGGUGAACUCGAUAGUGUUCUAAUGGAGCACUGCGAAGCUGUCCAAAAUGAUUUACGAAAAAACUGGAAACACAUUACACUGUUUCAUGAGUGUGCUAUCACGAAAGCAUUACGAUCUUGUCUUAAUCGUGUAGCACGGUUCAAAUCAAUUCAGCAGUGUAGAUCGUAUUAUGCAUGGGUGCGCGCAAUAUUGCCAAAACAAAUUGGACAAGUUGCAGGUUUGUCCACAUUCCAACAAAUGUACGAGCUUCUGGCACAAUUAACCAUUCAUAUAGAUUGUACAAAUCACCGAGAAGCACUACGAGCUAUUCAUGAAGAUCUGAGUUUAGCUGAGAGUAAAGAGCUUGAACACAGAGCAGUCUUGUGUAAGUAUCAGAACAGUGUGGUUAGCGAUAUAUUUUAUUGCACUGUUGCGGAUAACCUAGCGUCGGUCAGAAGAAAAACACUAACAACACUGCAAUUGUUGCAGAUACCAUUUUUUCCGUCAGUAUCUUUAGAAAUAUUGAGAAGAACGAACGAAAAAGUUCAAGUACUGUUUAACAAGCAAAUCUCGCCAGAAGUUAAUUCAAUUCUUCAUGAAUUGAUGCGUCACUUAGCUGGAAAAGAGGACCGCCAGAAUGACAUGAAUAAGUUCAAUAUUCAUCAAUAUGUACCGUACCAAGAUGAGUUAUACACAGAGGGUCUCUUGAAUGCUCUUGAUGUACAGUUGGAGACGGAUCAGUUCUAUUCCAUACAUCAGGCUUUAACUCGGAAGGUUUACAAUCCAUUAAGCCUUGAUCAUGCAGCUAACGUGUUCAACGUGGAAAAGAAGUUUAAAAUUUUUGAGCAAGUGCUAAAAGAACGUUCCAUACAGUAUAACACAGCAACACUCGACCGCCUUCGCUUGGAGGAUGGUCGUAAAUUUCAGCUACUUUUCGUGCAAAUGAUCCAAUCUCUCUAUGAGUUAGUCAUGGCAAAACCUAGUGGCGUUACACAACAUGAUUCAGCACGAAUUCUUGCAAUCGAUAUGGGUCUUCUCGAAAUAUGUGAAAUACUUUCACACACUAGAGCAUUUCAAACGAACUUUGAAUACUUGAAUAGUCCGUGCCCGCCGCCAACUGGAAAGACUAUUCGCAAUAUUUUAGCACACGACACUACAUUAGCUGGUUCGGCUAUUAUUUGUCCAGCAGAAACAACCAAGCUUACGGUACAGGUUUUGUACGAACAGCGAAACCAACUACUGAACACCGAAAGCAAAUACGAUCCCGUUCCACAAUUUGGAUCGAUAGCUAAAAAGUAUGAACGUCGGAAACGCCUGCUAAAGGAACAGAAAGUUCCACUCUCGGUAGAACUGGAUUGUGUAAUGCGGAACUGCGACCCUCGAUUUGAUAUCUACGGACAAUUUAUACACUACUGGAAAGAAAGUGAACUAGUAACUCACAACCUGUUGGACGUGUUGAUUUACAAUUAUCCAGACGAAGCUAUCGCCUACGUUGAGCAUUGUUCUCACUCGGAUAAACCUAUUCAACGAUCAGUUUUUUAUCAUCUCUGGAAGCGUCUAGUGAAAAGUGAGUUUCUUGGUUACCACCCUCAGCAAAUCACACAAUCACAGAUUGAAAGUAUAGAAAGAUCAGAAAAAUUUGAAGAAAUGUGGAAUCGCCAUUUUGGUAUCAUGGGGAAAGCCAAUUUUCAACAUCCAAAUUUGGUGGAAGAUGCACAGGUAUUUGAAUCACAGAUUGAAAGUACAUUACACUUUUGUAUGCGUACAGGAAGAUUAGAAAAGUUUGAAGAAAUGUUCAAUCGCUACGGGAAACGUUUUGAUUUCAUGGCGAAAGCAAAUUUUCAACAUCCAAAGUUGGUGAAAAAAUUGUCAAAGGUACUACCAUGGCACUCCGUCAACAGCAUGGGACGUAAUUUGCUGCACGUAUUUUGUUCUGAAAACAAUUCAGCUGCACUGCGUGACGCCUUAAAGAUUUCCAAAGUAGCAUCACUUGUCAACGAAAAGGAUUCAGAUGGCGUAAAUCCAAUACAGUAUGCCGCUUGCAUUGGUAAUUUUGGUACCGUUGAAAUACUGCUUAACUGCCGCAGUAGGCCACCACUGGACUCUUCUACUCUUCAGUUGAUUAUUUUGUACCAUCGUAAUGAUCUUCUUGCUUAUUUUACCACGAUGUUUAAGAAUACGCCAAACAUUCCCAAUGUGUGGAAGUUCAUUUUUCGGAGUGGAAACAUCGAGGCAUUAAACAAACUGAAAAAAAUUCUGCCAUCGAAAUUGUACAAAAAAAUUCUAUCGCAAGGUAGCGCAACACCGGCAUUGCACCACGCUUUAUACGGGCAAGUUAAACCAUACAUAAUUGAACAGUUCUUAGCAGUUUCCGAGAUUUCCGGAGCGAUCAAACCUUCCUCAAGUGGAUUGAACCCAUUGUGUACGGAUAUUUCUGUAGGCAAAUUCAAACAUGUAAGCCUCUUGCUAAAACAUGGCGCAAUCGUGGAUUUUUCUGUCAUCAAAGCAGCGGCUAUUGCCAACAGCUAUAGGCAUUCUAAACGACUUUACCUGAAAAUCGGAAGAUCGUUAAAGGAUACCGAACUGAUACAAAUCAUCGAAUAUAUUUUGUAUAACAAUUUGAACGAAAAGCUUUUGAAAUUUUUUGUCGAGAAACUGACCACUAGAAUCGUGCCCUAUCAGUGGUUAGAGAAAGUAAUCGGACGACACGCAUUCAAGUUUAUCAAAUACCUUUGUGGAAAAUUUCCAACCAUCUGGGAGGAAUAUCAGCGCAAUGUAGCGUAUGAUCCAAUUAUUUCAGCACUCUAUUCGACCGAGCGUUGGAAUUCAUUUCGCACAGACAAGCAGACAAUCAAAUACCUACUAGACCAGUGCCCAAAUAAAUUGCAACACAGAGCGCUUUUAGUGAACGUCGUCAGAGUCUGCGACCUGGACACUGUUUGUUACUUACUGGAUAAUGAAAAUAUGCUGCUGGAACAGGAAACAAAUGGAUUCACCCCGCUUGCUCUCGCUGCUUACCUAUAUAUAGCACAUAAAAAAAGUAAUAGUUUUAGCAUAUUACGAGCGCUUCUUGAGCGAGGAGCUAACGUACGGUACCUGUUGGACUACAAACCAGAGUACUUAAGACACAUACAUCUGCUGGAAAUGGUACUUCAAUAUUCAACAUUCGAUCCAUCGGAAUCACAUCCGAAUGUCUCAUUUUCCCACAUUGCCUGUGAAAUUGGAAGCGUUCGGUUGAUAAAACUGCUGGUUGAAAAAUAUAAGGUUAACAUCUAUGGAGAUAGUGCUACGCCAGGAACUUCGCUCGGUUGUCCGCUUAUUGUCAGCAUUUAUUCAGAUUCCUUCGAGGUGCUGCGAUACUUAUUGCCUCGCAUUAAAGACAAAGCGUUGUUGACAGGAUGUUUUCGGACAGCCGUCUGCGAAGGCAAGUUGAAAUCUGUCAAACUACUGCUACAACAUUGUCCAAUGUUCAAGACGCAUAUGACGACACUCAAUUUGUUUACGGUUUUAGCUCACGAUGAGGGCCAACUGCAGGUAUUCAUCUAUCUGCAUAGCAUUUUAGAACGAACACGUAAAAUGUCAAAUUUGUAACAACAUUAAAAAUCCUGAAAA